AAAGCAAAAGUAAAGCACAGGAGAUUGGAGAGGGAAAACUGCCCACCAAUGCGACGGUUUCGGUCUCUAGCAGCCACAGAAUUUUAACAGCGUACUACGUGGACGCGGAUUUACUACGUAGGCGGGUGCGUGGCCCCCGACAGCCUCGCCACGUUCACAGCCCUCUUCGCCAGACUACUUUCUUGAUUAAUCAGUGUGUCGACCCCCUAAUUUAAACCUCCAGCGGGUAUAAUUUUGUCAAAACUUACCAUUUACAGCUCCUAUUGUUGUCCUGUCAAAAUCCCGGAAGGAAAGGAGAAAUGACUUUCACUUAGAGAUUCUGAUUCUUCUUUGAUACCGACUCCCUAUUCUUCAUCAAUCAGUGUGUAUAAAAACGCACCAAACGCGUACUGUGGAGAAGGGGGGAGCUGUGAGGGAGAAGGGUUUGCUUUUUUUUUUUUUUUUAUUUUCUUUGGGUGGAUGUGUGAAAAUGGGAAGAAGGAAGCUGGAGAUAAAGCGAAUCGAGGAUAAGAGUGCGAGGCAGGUGACUUUUACGAAGCGGAGAAAAGGGUUGCUGAAGAAAGCUAAGGAAUUGUCAGUUCUUUGCGAUGUGGAUGUGGGGGUUAUUAUCUUCUCCAGUAGGGGAAAGCUGUACCAUUACUGUAGCACUAACAGCCUGACUGAGAUCCUGCAACAGUAUCAAAAUUGUGUUGCGAUGGGACCAGGUGCCCAGACAGCAGUUCGUGGGAUGCAGCAGGAAGCGAAAUCCAAAUAUACAGGUUUGCUCAAAAGUGGAGAGCUCCUCCAAAUUGUUGACAGGGAACUUGGGGAGACAUGUGUUAACAAUCUCACUGUGAAAGACCUUGUCCAUCUGGAGAAACAGCUUGAGGAUGCUCUCAUACAGAUACGAGCAACAAAGACGCAUUUGCUGCUGGAUUCUAUAUCAAACCUUCAUGAAAAGGAAAAGAUGCUGGCAGAAGAAAAAAGGCACCUGGAAGAGAAGAUAGCAGGAAGCAAGGCUGAUGGGAGGACAAAUAAGAUGAUAAUGGAUCUUAACGUCAUUGCUGACAGCCAAAUGACAGAACAGUAGAAUAUAUCACUCUGGUUGCUCAGACUUUAUAUAUGUAAUGUAAACACAACUGUAACAACUCAGCUGAAGAAAAACUUAUGACAAGUUGCUAGUUGAAUACUGAAUACGUCCCUCUGUAAUAUGAGCCCUUGCACCGUGCUGCAAGCUGCUUAAUAGGUAUUCUAGCCUCUGUGUCGCUGUUCUAUGAAUACAUAAUCUAUCAAAGUCAGGCAAGUUGAAGUGUUGCUAUGAA